AUUAUUGGCAAAUUACCAGCACCAAUAGAGUUCUUUCUCAGCACUCCUAGUCAUCAUAGAGCACAUCAUGGUCGUAACAGACGUUAUAUAGAUAAAAACUUUGGCGGAUUUCUUAUCAUAUGGGAUCGCAUAUUUGGAACUUUUGAAGCAGAAGAUCUUGAAGAAAAACCACUGUAUGGUUGCACUACACAAACAAAAUCAUUUAAUCCGUUGAUUAUACAGACACAACAUUUUAUACGGAUAUGGAAGAGAUUUUGUGAGUAUGAAAAAUGGAGUGAUAAAUUAUCCGCUGUAUUCAAAGGACCAGGUUGGACACCAGGGUCUCCGUGGACCGGAAACAUAGAAGAUGUACCGCAUCCAGCUCCUCAUUUUGAAUUGUAUAAUCCAAAUAUGUCAAUAUUCAGGAAAUUAUACUCCAUGGCACAUUUUCUUAUUUUGAUCAUUACCUAUCAACUACUUACUUGGAACAUGACAGUAAGUAUGCAAAAAAUAUAUUCUAGAAAGUCUCUGAUCUUACCAAAAUCAAUUAUUAAUCCAAUUGCAUGUUUUAUAUGCUAUACGAGUAUAUCAUUAGGAUUUGUGCUUGAUAAGAGUCGGUAUGGACCACCUUUUGAGUUCCUGAGAUGCGUCAUUUAUUUUCUAGUAGAUAGGAUAAUAUACCCGGAAAUCAGAAAUUAUAGAUUGGCCAUGCUAUUUUUGUAUCUCAGUAGAGCAUGGUUUUCAGCAACGUUAGCAAUGUGGGCUAGUUGGUACUUGGUUCGUAGCUUGCGUAAAAUAAACAAAGAAAAGAAUUCGUGACAAGUUAAAAUUUGAUGGAUUUUAAAAGCUACAACUAAAAAUAUUAUGUAACAAAAGGGAUAAUCUGAUACUUUCGAAGAGCAUGACUAUGCAAUUUAGGAGAUUGGAAAAGAGUUCUUAACGUGGUUUAUGGAAGCUCUUUCGCCGAGGAAGAUAAAAAAAAGCUACAGUUUGAGUGUGGACUUGAAGAAAAGAUAUAUAAUUUUAAACUAUCUAUGUCAUUUUGCUGACUAACUGAAUUUUAAUCUAUCUCUAUCAUUUCAUUUUAUGACAAAACCUUCGAAAGAUAGCCGAAUUAAAUAGAUAACCCUUUAUAAAUGUUUUACUUAAAAAAUUCAUUUAUUCUGUUUUUAGUGGUAUUUAAAAGUUCAUCGACUUGCUAAAUAUGUUACCAUUUCUAUUUAAAUUAUAUUUGAAAUUGAAAUAUUUAAUAUUUUAUCUGCAUCUAUAGUUAAGUGUAACAAAUUAUUAUUAUUAUUUAUUAGCAUAAAGCAUUUAGAUUAUUAUUCUCAGUUUCAAAUCAGUUUUUCUCCUAUUCGAUGUGUCAAUUACUAGUGUAUCUCGAAAGCAUAAUGUUGUUUAUAUUGUUGAAAAUUACAUGAAAUAAUCGAAAUUUGUAACAUGUAUUUUCGUAAUUAAAAAAUAAAUAAAACGUAGAAAGCAAAUGAGCAUCGGUUAAGAAAAAAUGCAUGUUUCAAUUGAAGAACAUAGCAAUUCAUCCAUCGGAGGAAAACUAUUAUUGUCGAAUUAAUAAUGUUUUUAAUUUCAAAAGAAAAGAUAAAAAAGUUGCCCAAAAUUCUUUGCAUCUUAUAAUUGUUAAACAAAGUGAUGCCUAAAAGCAAUUUAGAAUUUUUUUUUAUUUCGAUUAAGUCUCAAAACAAUUAACAUUCUUCAUGAUAUAAAUCUUUUUUAUUUAUUAGUAAGAUGUUAGAUAUUUUUGAAAUGAUCCAUAUUCUCUGUCAUGUCCACUAUUUUUUUCUCUAAAUCUUGAAAUAAUUAAAUAGUUUAAAUCUUUUUUUAUUAUUUUAUCCCAAAACGCUUGAAUUUAGAAUUGAUAUUUGUAAACAAAUUAUCAGCAGAGAAAAUUUCAAUAACUCUAAAAGGAAAAAUUAUUUUUUUCAAAAUUUGAAACAAAUUUUUGACUUACUUUUUAUUUCAUCGUUUUUAUGUCAUUAUUUUAUUCAUCAAAACAAUACUGAAUUAUAGGAAAAAGAAGCUGUGGCAUGUAAAUAAUUAAACAUAAAAUGUUUUUGUUGUUAUUCCAAUAAAAAAGUCAUCAUAAUAAUUGAAUUAAGGAGAUUUCUUUAAAUAUUUCCAAAAAAUAGGCAUCAUUGUUGAUGAAGAAAUUGUCACAUGUAAAUAAUUGAACAUAAAAUACUUUUAUUCUCACUCCUAUAAAAGUUAUGAUAAUAACAGAAUUAAAUAGGCUUUUAUUAAAUAUUUAGAAGAAAAUUAAAUAUAUAUUUUUAAGAAAGAAGCUGUCACACGUAAAUAAUUAACUAAUUUCCAUUCCUAUAAAAAUCAUGACAACAAUAGAUUUAAAUAAGGUUUUUUAAAAUAGUCAACAAAAAAAAGUUAGAUACCAUUGUUGAAAUAGAAACUGUCUUUUGUAAAUAUUUAAAAAUAAAAUAAUUUUUUUAUCCUCCCUAAAAAUGAUGAUAACAGUGAAUUUUGUUUAAAUAUUCACAAAGAAUUAUAUAUCAUUGUGUAAGAAAAAGAACUUUUUUCCAAUCUGAACUGUUAUCUGUGCAGUUAUCUAAUCUGUGCAGUUAUUUAUUUUAUUUUACUCCCUUUUAUUAUUGACUUUAUUUACCAUUGUAGAAUGUUCCAGUGCUAUGGAGAUUUACUAAUGCCGUUUAUGAAAUUAAUGUAUUAUGUAUUGUAUUCGACCUGUAACUCUUGAAAGGGAGAUGAGGAAAACUAUCCGUAUUAAUAUUUUACAUCAACUAAAUAACUUUUAGAUUAUUUUUGAUGUAAAAUACAUUUUUUUUAUAUAUUAUUGCAACAGAUUGUCAUUACAUAAAUAACGAAUAUGUUUCUCCUCUAUAUAUGUUUGACUUUUUUUUCCUUUUGUAACUAUACGUCUUCUAACCUUUUAGUUGUUGUUGAAUUCAUUUGUUUAUGAAAUAUAAAUAAGGAAAUGUUUGUUUAAUUCCUAAUUUAGUGUCAAAACUUUUUUGAAUUUAUAAUGAAUGAAUAUUUUCAAAAAUGUAUGUGUAGUUCCUGAAAUCUUUGAUAACUCUGUCAAUGAAUCGUAAUUUUGUAAAUUUUUUAUUCUUUUCAAAGAAAUGAAUAUUGUCUCAGAGAUAAGUUGUACAUUUGUUUUAUUAAAGAGACAAUUUGUUUUAUUUUUGUAUGUAUUAAAGACAAUUUGUUUUCUUCAAAAAAAUAAUAAUUGAAUGAAAAAAUUAUUUUAUUAUUGAGAAAUUAUAAUGAACAAAUAUAUUUCUAAGAAUAAAUGGUGUACUUCCUGUA